AUGUCAACCUUACUCGAUCGACCCUAUCGAUCUCUUCUACUGAUAUUUGUCUCUUGGAAAGCUCUUCUACUUCUCCUGGUCGUCUCCAGUCCCGGCCCUGCGUAUGACACCUCGACCGCCCUACUGGCGCUGGGCCGUAAUGCAACUAAUACAGACCGCCAUGGACUGUUGACGCCAGUAUUGGGCUUGCUUGCCACUAAUUUAACCCGAUGGGACGCUAUCUAUUUUACAGAAAUUGCUCGUCGAGGCUGCCUGUUUGAGCAAGAAUGGGCAUUCAAUCUAGGGUUUGCAAGUCUCAUCAGAACCUUUCUGAGACCGACUAACUAUAUGUCAGUUCUCCGACGCACAGUCGGCAUUAGCCACGUGUUCAUAGAGAGUAUUAUUGGCAUUACCGUAGCUCAUGCAGCUCAUGGCAUGUCGGUUUUUGUGUUGUAUAGUCUAGCACGUGCUGUGUUUCCGGGAAGGAAGGGCCGCAACCUUGCAUUUAUCGCUGCGUGUUUACACAUCUUGUCGCCUGCUGGGCUAUUCCUAUCGGCUCCUUAUGGCGAGAGUACCCACGCUCUCUUGAGCUUCAUAGGUUCCCUAUUAUUUGUACUGAGCUUUAGUCAUUCGGGGGCUUCCACAGGUCACCAUGAUGCCUUAAUCCCGCUAUCUGGUAUCUUGUAUGGAUUAGCAACGGCAGCGCGCAGCAAUGGUCUUUUAAAUGGCAUGGUACUCUUUGAAGAAGCCGUAAGGCUCCUGUACUCAAUGACUAAGGGGAUCACCUUGGCUAAAACCCGUCGGCUAAUCGCUGUUGGUAUGGCUGGGAUAUUCACAGGCCUUGGCUUUGUGGUGCCGCAAUAUAUUGCUUACGAGCAGUUCUGCAUGAAUCACAAGGACCCAAGGGCAUGGUGUCGUAGCACUAUUCCUAGCAUCUAUAGCUUCGUUCAAGACCAUUACUGGAACAAUGGUUUUCUUCGGUAUUGGACUCUGUCCAAUGUCCCCCUGUUCGCUUUAGCUGGCCCAAUGCUAGCAGUCAUGACAUACUCUGCUUUUUGGACACUCAGCGUGGGAUCGGAUGGACAGCAAAGUUCCUCCAACAUGCCCAAAAUGCAAAUUCACUCUGAGGCACGAUUAACUGGUCGUCUAUUACGUAGUCUAGCAGCUCCCCAGAUAACCCUAGCCAUCCUGACUUUUCUGAAACACCAUGUCCAAAUAAUCACACGCAUGUCCUCAGGUUAUCCAGUGUGGUAUCUCUGGCUAGCCCAUGCUCUAGUUGAGGGGCACUCGCUAGCAUCAUCGGAGAAAGCGGACGCACACCGGUGCAAGAAGGAGGCCCGGAUCAUGAAUCAGUAUCGGUACGCACGCAUGACGGUCUUCUACAUGAUAGUCUAUGCCCUUGUUCAAGGAGCCCUUUUCGCUUCUUUCUUGCCCCCAGCCUGAGAAAUUUGCUUACGAGCAACAAAUGCAAUACAAUUACCUCACCAAGCAUAAAAUCUUUAACUGUUUAUAGUUAGUUUGACUAGCUGACCCUGUGGAGUUGCUACAUAUUGUCAGCAGUAAGCCAUAGGAGACGGUAAGUAAACAAUUAAUCAACUUAGCUGAUCUUGUUAACCAAUCUAGAAGCCAUUGGACUUAAAUGGCUGGAGAUCGAUGGUGCCUAGCAUACUGGUCACAGGAAUCACCUGCAGCAUGUCCACCUCCACGGCCGAUCUAGCAACCAUGCACUAUGAUCAUCUGAACAAUGGAAGUCUAUUAUUAUACCGAAAUCUGCAAGAAAUGCUAUGUAUGUAACCCUUUUUUAACACAAUCCUUGCGCCCGAAACCAUGAUUUCCAUGCCAAGCUCAUCUGACCUGAAAACUCCCGCUAAUGAUCCUGACCGAUGAAGGGACUCCGAGAUAUGAUUAAUAUGGUGGGUGGAGAAUGAUGAACAGAGAGACGUAUUUAUCUCCGCAUCAAUUUCGAAAAACGUCAUGGUGCAUCGACCACCAAUCCAAGGGAAUGAUACUUUCCCCACCCUCGAAACUCCCAAGUGAAACCCCAGAAAGUCCCCUGAAGCGGAGAGUGCG